ACACAAACUAUCAGAACUAUUAUUUAAAUAAAAAAAUAUGGGAAAGAAGAGCUCUGUAUCAAUCCUCUGCAUCAUACUCAUAAGCUUCAGUCCCAUAUUUGUUUCUGCACAAAUCUGUGAUGAAACUGCUGGGACUUUCACACCCAAUAGCCCAUAUGAGAAGAACCGCCUUCUCUUCAACUCUACUCUUGCUUCUAACGUCACUGCUCAGGCCGGCUACUUCAACGGCUCCAUCGGGCUAGGCCCUGAUAGAGUCUACGCCUUGGGGAUGUGCGCUCCAGGUGCUGAACCACAAGCUUGCUCCAACUGUAUCCAGGACACCUCAGAUAGUUUACUAAAGUCCUGUCUGAACCAGACAGAUGCUUUCGAAUGGUCGGGUGAGGAGUUCCUUUGCUUUGUUCGCUACUCUAGUAAGUCCUUCUCUGGGGUCCUCGCCUUGGAGCCGAAAGCUGUGUUUAAUAACGUAUUGGACAUAGGAAAAGAAAACCAGAAGGAGUUUGAUAGUGUGUGGGACGGGUUAAAGGGUCGUAUGAUCACAGGACUUAAUACUUCCUCGGUGAGAAACAAUUCUUCUUCUUCUUUAUCAUCGUAUGGUAAGAACUAUGCGAAGGAUGUAGCUCCAGUGCCGGUUUACGGGAACAUACUGGUGCUGAUGCAAUGCACUCAAGAUCUUUCUUCGAAUGAUUGUACGCUUUGUAUAGAGACAAACGUUGAUUACUAUAAGAAAUGGUUCCAUGGGAAGAGAGGUGUCAUUUUGUUGCGGCCAAGUUGCUUUUUCCGGUGGGAGUUGUAUAAUUUCUCUGGUGCUUUUGAUCAUAUUAAUGAUCCACCUCCGCUUUUAAAUAGUCCUCCUGCAGCUAAUCUGACCGAUAUAACCAAGAAAGAUAAAAAGGUCUCAGGAGGUAUUAUCGCGGGGAUUGUAGUAGUUAUUGUUGUGGUCAUAGUAUUGAUUUGUGUUGCCAUUGUUAUGUUCAAGAGGAGAAAGGAAAAGCAAGAUAUACAACUUCCAACGGAAUCUAUUCAAUUUAGUUUCAAGACAAUUGAAGCUGCGACGAGCAAUUUUUCUGAGGCCAACAAGCUUGGUGCAGGUGGAUUUGGUGAGGUUUACAAGGGCAUCCUCAUGGAUGGAACUGAAGUUGCGGUAAAGAGACUGUCCAAAGCGGCAGGACAAGGUGAAAGAGAGUUCAAGAACGAGGUGGUUGUUGUUGCAAAGCUUCAACAUAGGAAUCUUGUUAGACUUCUUGGGUUUUCACUUCAAGGAGAAGAAAAGUUACUCGUCUAUGAGUUUGUUCAUAACAAAAGCCUUGAUUACUUCCUCUUCGACGCUAGUAAGAGAAUUCAGUUGGACUGGACAAUGAGACACAAUAUCAUUGGUGGUAUCAGUCGAGGGAUUUUAUAUCUUCAUCAAGACUCACGGCUCAAGAUCAUACACCGCGACCUAAAAGCUAGUAACAUUCUAUUAGAUGCGGAAAUGAAUCCAAAAAUUGCUGAUUUCGGAACGGCAAGGAUCUUUGGAAUGAACCAAACUGUGGACAAUACAUCAAAAGUAGUUGGAACCUUCGGUUACAUGCCACCUGAGUAUGUGAUACAUGGCCAAUUCUCUAUGAAAUCAGAUAUAUAUAGCUUUGGAGUAAUGAUUCUUGAGAUCAUUAGUGGCAAAAAGAAUAGCAGCUUCCGCCAGACGGAUGGUUUGGUUAACAACUUAGUCACAUAUGUUUGGAGACUUUGGGAGAACAAAUCAUUGCCUGAUCUCAUUGAUCCUGGUAUCAAGGAAGACUGUAACAUCGAUGAAGUUGUUAGAUACAUUCAUAUUGGACUGUUAUGCGUUCAAGAAAAUCCUGCAGAUCGUCCAACAAUGUCAACGAUUCACCAAAUGCUCACAACCAGCACUAUUUCUCUGCCUGUACCUCUGCCACCUGGAUUUUUAUUCGGGAACAGAUCAAGAAUGAACUCGUCUUGUACUUGUUCUGUGGAUGAAGCAACAAUCACUGAUGUUAAUCCUCGUUGAAGACCUAACAUGUUCUGUUUUGUUUACUUUGUUUCCAAUUUCCACAAAGGUUUGCCACUUGUUUAAUGUCCAUAUGUAAAAGUUUAAAACGUUCAGUUUCAGUUUGACUGAUUUAGCA